AUGCAAGUAAAAGCAAAGACGAACAUCCCACCUCCCAAGAUCAAGGCGACGCGGGAUAACAUCAUGGACGCGAACCGGGAUCGCUCGGCUGUCGGUGUAUUUGGGCCACGAGCUGCACUAGUAUUCUGCGUAGCUGGAGCAGGGCUCUACGCGUACUUUAGAUGGGAGAAGCAGCGGUUGGAGGAGCAAAAGCAAAAAGAGCGCGAAUCUCGCACAGUUGGCCGCGCCAUGGUAGGUGGGCCCUUCCAAAUGCAAACGCACGACGGAAAACCCUUCACCGAAAAGGACCUCCUCGGGAAAUGGUCGCUCAUCUACUUUGGAUUCACGAACUGUCCUGAUAUAUGUCCCGACGAGCUGGACAAGAUGACGGCGGCUGUCAACGAGAUUGACAAGGCAUAUGGUCCCAUCGUCCAACCCAUCUUCGUCUCCGUAGACCCUGCGCGCGACUCACCAGAACAAUUGUCCCUCUACCUCCACGACUUCCACCCCCGUCUUCUCGCCCUGACUGGCGACUACGCCGCCACAAAAGCGAUGUGCAAAGCCUACCGGGUGUACUUCUCUACCCCUCCGGACGCGAAGGUGGACGACGACUACCUCGUAGAUCACAGUAUAUUCUUUUAUCUGAUGGAUCCGGAGGGUAUGUUCGUGGAGGCUUUUGGGAAGAGCAGUGAGGCGGGUGAGGUCGUAGAGAGGUUUGGGAGAGAGGUAGAGCAGUGGAAGAAGGAGAGGGGCAAUGUUGUCUGA